AUGGAUUCUAAAGAGAAAUGUAAUUUGUAUCCAGAAUUACCUGUAAAAAAGUCUGAUGACAAUCAAGGAAGCCCUCCACCACCAUAUGAAAGUCCUGAAUCAGAAUCUUCUGAUGAUGUAGUACUUCCAAUUCCUGUUGAAGGUAUGGCAUUAGUUAUAAAAGCUGCUGAUUUUGCUGCUAGAAGACAUCGUUUUCAAAAACGUAAAGACCAUAAAGGAACACCAUAUAUUAAUCAUCCAUUAGGUGUUGCAUAUAUUUUGACUAAUGAAGCUAACAUUUAUGAUCCUGUAACAUUAGCUGCAGCUAUUCUUCAUGACACUGUUGAAGAUACUAAGACAACUAUUGAUGAAAUAAAUUCUUUGUUUGGACCUGAAGUAGCACAUAUUGUUGAUGAAUGUACUGAUGAUAAAUCAUUACCAAAAGAUGUUAGAAAAAAAUUACAGAUUGAAACUGCUGCCAGUCAUUCUUUUAAAGCAAAGUUAAUUCACUUAGCAGAUAAACUUUACAAUAUUCGAGAUCUUUCUAGAAAUGUACCACAAGGUUGGGAUACAAGAAGAAUAAAAAAUUAUUAUAAAUGGUGUAGAGAGGUUGUUAAUCAAAUCAGAGGUACAAAUGAAACUUUAGAAAAAGCUUUAGAUAAGAUUUUUGAUGAAAAAUGUUAG